UUUCAUUAAAAAAAAGAGGAGUCCAAUGACUCAACUCAUGCAAUCCUUCCUCCUCCUUCUUCUCCUCCUACCAAGUUUCAUCCACUUCUCCUCAUCGGUAGAAGCAUUUCACGACGUUACUGCCUUUGGUGCCAAAUCCGAUGGUCGGACAGACUCGACCAAAGCAUUCAUUAGUGCGUGGACCGCCGCCUGUCGGUCUCCGAACCCUGCUACUAUCCAUGUCCCCCGUGGCUCCUUCCUGAUAGGUCCAGUCACCUUCCAUGGUCCUUGUAGGAGCAGCAGGAUCACCAUCCAGAUCGACGGCACCCUUGUCGCGCCAUCGAAAUUUGCUAAUCUUCGCAAACUUGGACAGUGGAUGCUGUUUGAUCACGUCAACGGCGUCUCGGUGUACGGCGGGACCGUCGACGGGCAUGGCUCCUCUCUGUGGGCCUGCAAGGUUGCCGGACGGAACUGCCCCGCCGGUGCAACGUCGUUAGCGUUCAGAAACUCGAAGAACAUCUUGAUCACUGGACUAACGUCGAUCAACAGCGAGCUGUACCACAUCGUGAUCGACAGCUGUCAGGCAGUGACAGUGAAAGGGGUCAGGAUCACGGCGCCCGGCGACAGCCCUAACACCGACGGCAUCCACGUCCAGUCUUCUACCGACGUCACAAUCACCGGAACCGGCAUCAAGACUGGCGACGAUUGCAUCUCGAUCGGACCUGGCACGAUGAACCUGUGGAUCGAGAAGGUCACCUGCGGACCUGGCCAUGGCAUAAGCAUCGGGAGCUUGGGGAAAGGGUACGACGAGAAGGGGGUGGAGAACGUAACGGUGAAGACGGCGGCGUUCACGGGAACGGAAAACGGGCUGAGGAUAAAGACGUGGGGGAGGCCGAGCGAGGGGUUCGUGAAGGGAGUGGUGUUCGAGCACGCCACGAUGCAAAAUGUCCGAAAUCCCAUCAUCAUUGACCAAAAUUACUGCCCCGAUGAGAAACGGUGCCCUGGUCAGAAUUCUGGGGUGAAGAUUAGUGAGGUGAAAUAUAUGGAUGUGCAAGGGUCAUCUGCAUCACAAGUGGCGAUAAACUUUGAUUGUAGUGCCAGCAACCCAUGCAGCGGAAUUGGGCUGCAAGACGUAAAGCUUACGUAUGGAAACAAGCCGGCAAGAUCGUCUUGUCAACAUGUCCAUGGUACUGCCUCUGGUUCUGUCGUGCCGAGCUGCUUCUGAGUUCUUGAGUUGUAAUAUUAUAUAUGUAACCGUAUAUCGGAGUAUGAGUUAAUGAUUUGGUUGAUGUGAGAUGUGUUACUACUCUAGUAGCAAUGGAAUGGAAUGAAGAGUUAAUGGAUUGAUAUGUC